UCAUAGAAACAUAGGCACAUUCUUCAUUUGUUUGUCAGGAUGACGUCGUCGUCAUCACUUCCUGUGGCGGCUGUUUGUCAGAUGACCGCCACCCCUGACAAAGAGGCCAACUUCAGCGCUUGCACGCGAUUGGUGGAGCAGGCCAAAGAGGGCGGGGCCUGUAUGGUGUUCCUGCCGGAGGGCUUCGAUUACAUCGGCUCAAACCGCGAGGAGACGCUGCAGCUGUCCGAGAGUCUGGACGGGGACAUCGUCAGCCGUUACUCACACCUGGCCAGGAAGCUGGACUUGUGGCUGUCUCUGGGUGGGUUUCAUGAGAGAGGACACGACUGGAAAACAGACCGGCGGAUUUAUAACAGCCAUAUUAUCAUGAAUGGACAAGGCGAGCUGGUGUCUGUGUACAGGAAGGCUCAUUUGUUUGAUGUGGAGCUGACGAGUAAAGCAGUGUCUCUGAAAGAAAGCGCUUUUACCGUCCCCGGACCUCGACUGGUGCCUCCCGUCCAGACGCCCGUCGGAAAGGUUGGUCUUGGCGUCUGCUAUGAUCUGCGUUUUCCUGAGCUGUCAUCAGCGCUGCGGAGACACGGAGCAGAGAUCCUGACUUACCCAUCAGCCUUCACUGUGGCCACAGGAGCGGCACACUGGGAGGUGCUGCUGCGGGCGCGGGCCAUCGAGACGCAGUGUUUCGUUCUGGCGGCGGCGCAGGUCGGCGCUCAUCACGCGAAGCGGACGUCGUUCGGACACGCGCUGGCUGUGGACCCGUGGGGUGAGGUGACCGGGGACUGUGGGGGUUCAGAUGUGGGUUUAACACUGGUGCAGAUUGACCUGCAGAGACUACGGGACGUCCGGAGGGACAUGCCAGUGCAGCAGCACCGCAGAGACCAGGACUUCUACUGCAGCCUGGACUGAUCCAUUACAACACAUUUUUAAAUGAAAUCUGUGUCCCUGGAGCACAAAAGCAGUCUUAAGUCGCUGGGGU